UUAAAAAAAAAGAAAUUUUAUUAGAAAUUAUUUUGGCGGGCAACAAAACAAAGCAAACUCGAAAGUAGAUACGGCAACACUUGGGAGAUGUACAAAAACGAUCCACGUGUUUUGUUUAUUUGGCAUAGCAUGCUUGGCAUUUCUUUUUCUGUUUCCAUGGAGAUGGCUUUGUCAGAAUCGCUUCCAAGGUGUUCGGAAAGGGGACAAAAAAUAUUACCUGAUCAUGUCAUUUGGUGUUCAAAGAAUGACUGCUGAAGAUCUUGAGAAAUUAAUUUUUAUUGCCCUCUGUGAAGCUGAUGGAGGUCUUGAGAGAAGAAUUUACCUUCAUUUCUAUCUUUAUGAUAAUUCUGUUGAAAUGAUUGAUGAGAAGACAAGGAAGCCGUUCUUAAGACGAACCAGAGUGGACAAACUCACAAAGAGGGACUUUUUUGUGGGUUCCAGGCUUCUAAUUUUUGGCAGGAAUAUCAAUAUAAUUGACUAUGGCGAUUGCAAAACCAGGAAAGAAUUGAGCCCUCGGAUGGAAAGAACUUUUCUGCUCUUGAAAAGCAAAUCUCUUCACAAACUUGGUGAAAUUUGGUGUGAGAUUGUAAAGGCAGAUUUUCAGGUGGUCAACUGCAAGAUGAUCAAACUGAGGCCAGAAGAUGCAGUAAAGAUUCACGGAAAUGAGACAGACUCCACAAGGCUCUCAGAGUUAAUCACCAGUAGCAUCGAGGGAGUUUCUGUUGCAAUGGAAAUCGUAGCUAGGAAUGCUGUUGAGAGAAUGAAGGAACUCUAUGAGGAGAACUUUCCGGAUUCACCCAUCUACUCUUCAUCUAGCACUGCCAAUGCUUCCAGGGACAUUGAAUACUUCUUUGGGGUGCAAAAUUUCUCUUCAACAGCCACUUUCUCAGACUCUACACUUGCUAUCCUGAAGCCUCAUGCUGUUCGUAGUGGGAAGACUGGAGAAAUUCUCAAGGAAAUCCUCGCCAGUGGACUUAGAGUGACUGCCAUGAAGAUGCUUCAUCUGGAUAGAAAAACUUGUGAAGAUUUCCUGAAGGUUUAUCGAGGAGUGGCUCCAGAGUACAAUCAAAUGCUACUGGAACUAUCCAGUGGUCCAUGCCUUGUACUGGAGAUUUCUCCAGGAAGUUCUGAGGAUGCUCACUCAUCUCUCAGACGCCUCUGUGGACCCUUUGAUUCAGAAAUUGGUCGCAAAUUUUAUCCCCAAAGCUUGAGAGCUAAAUAUGGAAUAGACAGAGCUCUCAAUGCCAUUCACUGUACAGAUUUACCAGAUGAUUGUGCGUCAGAAGUGGACUUUUUCUUCGGGCAGUAAUCGAUGGAGUUCACGUGCCAUUUUCCCAUACUUUUUUCCAGCAAUUUUCGUAUCCAUAAGCAUAUACAGGAGGCUCAUCAGUUCAAAGAUCUCAAUUGAUUAUUUUUAUUGCUGGUUUUCACGGCCAAAGAAAGGUCUCUUGUCAAUAUGAUUGUAUUUUCUGGACAAAAUGAUCAAUUUAAUAAAUUGUUUGUAGGAAAUUGGUAUUUGUUCACAAUUUUCUUGAUUAUCCUUGUACUCGAAAGUGAAAAUAUAAAAUAUGCAAAUGCAAA